AUGUUUGUUGCUCGCCGUCUUCAUCUUUCCUGCAAAUAUGGUGCUGCAAAUAUUCUCAGAGGGAAUUGGAUUCAAUCAUUCAAUUACAGUAAAUCAACAAGACGGAGCCAUGGAAAGACAGAUGUUAACCCUAAGUUGUUUAUAGGAACUCAAACUUCUCCACGCUCACGUCUUCGCUACGCUGCUCCAGCACUUGUGCUUGGAUUUACUGGAUUCAUCGGGUUUCUUCAUUACAAUGAUGAAAGGAGAGCUGUUCCUAAAGGUAUAACAAGCAGCAAUAGCGGUUGUGGGUGUGGUUCUAAUACAACUGUCCAAGGUCCAAUCAUCGGAGGUCCAUUCACGCUUAUGAGUACACAAAACAAGAUUGUCACUGAGAAAUAA